AUUGUACAUUCGAAUCGGCUGAGUCCCUUCACAACGUUUUCGUUUCUUGGUUUUCAUCCCUUGUACAGAUCUAUACCCCUCGAGACAUUUGAGCUUAGGCUCAGUUCAAUACAAAAGCGCGCGAAGAUAUUGUGCCGUCUGGCGCUGUGAGUCGGCAUUCGUGCGGUGAGCACAUUACACGAGCAGGUUGGCAAUUGCGUCAGGUUUGGUGUUGAUUGCUUUGGUUUGAUCCGCUUGCUGUACUAUCGGUCGAGGGCUUCGGUCGCAGAAGUCGCGUGACCUACGGGUAUCGGAAGAAAUCCUAUGGAGGAGAGGACGAUUGAGGUGAAUGUUGUCUCUGCUUCGGACUUAAAGAACGUGAAGACUUUUGGUGGACAACAGACCUCCUAUGUUGAAGCGUACAUCUUUCCCCAGCAAAGGCGUAAGACAAACGUCGACACCAAAGGAGGGUUGAAUCCUUCUUGGAACUCGAAACUUACCCUCACAUGCGAUGAGCGCUUUUUGGAGAGGGGAGGAUCGUACCUCACCUUGGAGAUUUACAGCCAUGGCGCUUUGAGCGAUAAGCUGAUUGGUACGGUUUCCAUUCCUCUUCACCUUCCUGUCACUUCAGACGGCUCGGAGCCGAAGACGGACGCCUCGAUCGAGGAGUACGAGGUGCGCAGACCCUCCGGAAAGGCCAAAGGUCAGCUGAAGGUGUCGGUGAAGCUGGGGGAGAAGAGGACAAUCCAGAACGCAGGGACGCAACAAGGAUAUGCAUACUCGCAGGAUUACAAGAAUCAAGCGAGACCAACUUAUCCUCCGGCCACGUUUGGAACCGCGAGUGCUGGCUCUUACUAUCCAGGGAAUUCUGCUUAUGCACCACCUGCGGGAGGAGUUUACCCUCCUCAAAAUUACGGCUCUUUAGGUCCAAUUUCGCCUUACGCGUCUGCUUCGCCCUACGGCUCCGCUGCAGCAUAUCCACCACCACCUCCGAAGAAAAUCGACUCAGAGACAGGAAUAACUGGGUAUACCACGGGCGGAACAACUGGAGUGAAUGCCUCCGUCCCCGCUUAUCCUCCAACCUCCAAUCCUCCUAGUGCCGCAGGUGCUUCGGGUUCUACGAGUGCUCCGAACUCCUCAUCAGAGCCUGUGACAGCGUAUCCUGCAGUAGGCUAUCCAGUCCCGACCGGCUACCCCACGCCUCCUCAGUACGGGCAGCAGUAUGCUCCGCCUCCAUAUUACGCACCGCAAGCUCCCUACUACCCACCGCAGCCUCCGCAAUACUAUCAAAAACCCCCUAAAAGAUCUAACGGCGGUUUAGGCUUAGGUGCAGGAUUGCUAGGAGGUGCGCUUGGGGGAUUGCUUAUCGGGGAUAUGCUCGGGGAUAUGGGGGAUUUCGACUGCUGAUCCGUAACGAAUUAGCUUAAGUGCAGUUAUUUUCUUGCGCCUUUGUAACUAGCAGUGCGUACUAAAUUCCGAAAUUUGUACAUUAUAGAUCAGAACCCCUGUAUCAUUAUAGCUUAGCUUUAUUGAUUAGGUGUAGGAAGAUAGAGACAGUAGUAAGAAGGGACAUGAUGUAAGCCACCGGGUUUUUGCUCUGAAUAUAUAUCUUGUCACAAAUAUAUCUUUUACGCCGUUGCUUUCUGUUUUU